AGGCAAUAAAAUAGUUUAGCUACUGCUAGCCUACAUGUUUUACAAAAACGCUACAUCCAAGAAAUGUAAACUAAUCGCUAGAACAACACUGCUAGCCUGGAUCAAUGUCUAAUUUUAGUUGAGGGUGUGGGUAGACAACCAGUAGGAAAAAGCGUGCAAUAUUGAUUUCAAUAUUGAACAUUUAAUUCAGUCCAACGUGACGUCCUCUUGCUCUACUCCACUGCCAACAAGAGAGACGUGAAAUCCAGCGAGUACACUUGUUAAUCCCAGGCAUGCGUCGUGAAAAACUCGUUUUGCGUUCGGGAACGCCCGUUCUUCUGGAGCGCAAUAGGCUUGUCGAUCUGUGACAUCACUGUAAGAAACAGCCCACUGAAGGCUGGAGUUUAGAUGAUGCACAAAGCAAGAAGUCACUUUUCCACAGUUCUCCUUAGUGACACGCGCUCAAUCUAGAAAAAAAAAUCCCUUUAAAAUCUGACAUACUGAGUUGGACUCGCGGGUUUGGAGCUGUUUGUUUUUUUUCUCGCGCUUACAGAAACAUACUGGAUUUGAACUAUGACUAUCAUUAAGCCAUAUUGUGCGACGUUUCUCUCUUUUUCGUUCGGAUCGGUGAUGCGAAUCUGAUCCAAAAUGAAGUUUGGGAAGAAUAUAUGCAUCCUAAACGUUGGUGGCACCAAGUAUGCUUUCACUAGAGAAGUUAUAAAGGAUUUUCCCCUCCGAAGAGUGAGCAGACUCCACAGCUGUUCCUCCGAAAAAGAGGUCUUGGAGGUAUGUGAUGAUUAUGACCGAGAGAGGAACGAGUUUUUCUUCGACAGGCACUCCGAGGCUUUUGUCUUUAUUAUGCUUUAUGUGCGAUCUGGAAAGCUCAGGUUUGUCCCGCAGAUGUGCGAGCUUUCUUUUUACAACGAGAUGAUCUACUGGGGUUUGGAGAGCUCACAUUUGGAGUUUUGCUGCCAGCGACGAUUGGAGGAUAGGAUGUCCGACACUUACACGUACUUUUCAGAGGAGGACAUCAAGGCUGAGGUGGAGUCCAGAGGAGAGGAGGAUCAGGUCACCAGGUUCGCCUCCGAGAGAGGGAACGCGCGGUGGCUGGAGAGGAUGCGGAGGACUUUUGAGGAGCCAGCUUCCUCUGUCGCUGCGCAGAUCCUGGCAUCAGUGUCAGUGGUUUUUGUCAUUAUGUCUAUGGUCAUCCUCUGCGCAAGUACUCUACCGGACUGGGAUACAGCAAAAAACAACACAGUGGAAGAACACAGGAUCAUCGAGGCAGUAUGCAUUGGCUGGUUCACUGCUGAAUGCAUAGUGCGCUUUAUUGUCUCACGGGACAAAUGUGAGUUUGUCCGCUGCCCCCUUAACAUUAUUGACCUCCUGGCGAUCACUCCUUACUACGUGUCUGUCGCUGUGACAGCACUGACAGGAGAUAACCCUCAAUUACAGCGUGCAGGAGUCACCCUGCGUGUACUACGAAUGAUGCGCAUCUUUUGGCUAAUCAAGCUGGCGCGUCACUUCCUCGGGCUGCAGACGCUCGGGCUGACGCUGCGCAGGUGUUACCGCGAGAUGGUCAUGCUGCUGGUGUUUGUCUUUGUCGCGAUGGCGAUAUUCAGCGCCCUGGCGCAGCUAUUGGAGCACGGCCUUGACCUGGAGACUAGCAAUGAGGACUACGCCAGCAUCCCGGCAGCCUGCUGGUGGGUUAUUAUCUCCAUGACGACUGUCGGCUAUGGAGACAUGUACCCCAUCACCAUCCCGGGACGCGUGCUGGGUGGCGUGUGCGUUGUGAGUGGCAUUGUGCUGCUGGCUCUGCCCAUUACCUUUAUCUACCACAGCUUUGUGCAGUGCUACCACGAACUCAAAUUCCGCUCAGCACGCUGCGUGCGAAGUCUCUCUUCUGAGUUUCUCAACUAACUGUAGCAUAGAUCGUCCCGAGAACCUGCUGGUCUUCAGCGUAGUAACAUCGCCUGCUCUUCUGUGCCUUUAUACUGAAACAAGAUCUGAAAUAUAGCGAAGGAAUGCGCUGCUUCUGAUGUGGAGAAAUCAGCAUUUAGAGUCUCUUUGCGGACCUAUUAUAUCCAAAUAAUAACAUACCUCUGUACUCCAGGACACAUUCUGGAAUUCAUUGAUUUUGGACAGUACAGGCAUCUGGGGCAAUUUCUGACUUACAGAAUAAGACAAAAGAGACAAAUCCCCAGCUCAAAGCUGGAAAGUGCACAAUAAAGCAUAACAAUCCAAAGGAAAUACAUUAGCCAAUGUUUGUGUUGCAAACCCCUUCCUGUGUGAACGAACAAAACCGAACCAACAGCAUUUCCCUUGGACAACUGUGGCAUUUGACGACUACAGAUGGCCAGGCUGCUUGGAGCGGGCAUCUGGCGGGACCUUGUGUCCUGACUGUGCUCCAGCCUAGAAGGAGUUUACACAAAUUCUCAUGUUUCCAUGGAGAGGUCCCUCCGACUUGUUAAAUCAUUAAUUCAGCUCCCAAUAAAGCAGAAAGCAAGGGGAACUAAAGUGAAAGGUUUUAGAGUGGCCAAAUAGCGCUAAUACUGUGAAAAGGCCUGCUGACACUGAGGACGGUAACUGUAAUUAUAACAAUAAAGAUAAGUCCCCCUGCAGUCUUUUCAAAUUUUAUCAAUUAAAACUAAUUUUUAAUAGCAAAAUGAUAAUUUCCCCCCAAGAAAAUAUAUUUUAUCUUAAAAUGGCUUGAAUAUAACUCUAAACACUUAACUCAUAUAGUGUAUUUGACCCUGGACCACAAAACCAUUCAUAAGGGUCAGUUUUUUGAAAUUGAGGUUUAUACAUAAUCUGAAAGUUGAAUAAAAAAGCUUUCAAUUGAUGUAUGGUUUGUUAGGAUAGGACAAUAUUUGGCCAAGAUACAACUAUUUGAAAAUCAGGAAUCUAAGGUUGCAAAAAUAUUUGCCUUUAAAAGCUGUCCAAACUAAAUCCUUAGCAAUGCAUAUUACAAAUCAAAAAUGAAGUUUUUACAUAUUUAUGGUAGGAAACUUACAAAAUAUCUUCAUGGAACAUGAUCUUUACUUAAUAUUUUAAUGAUUUUUGGCAUAAAAGAAAUAUUUAUAUAUAAUUUUGACCCAUACAAUGUAUUUUUGGCUAUUGCUACAAAUAUACUACUACUUAUGACUGGUUUUGUGGUCCAGGUUCACAUAUACGAUAUGCAAAUAAGCCCCAGCACCCAUUUAAUCACAUUGAAUCAGACUACCUGCUUCACUUCUAAUCGGUUAACUGAAGUACUAAACGCUAUACAAUGCCAAGUGGCAACACUGGAUUAAUUUAACAAUAUAUGUUUGAAUCAGAAACUGGAGGAAAAGCAAAUUAUUCAGGUUUGAUGAUGUAUCAGAAUCAAUGCAUUUUAUGUAUCACUGUAAUUGAUAUUAGUAGCGUUUGGUCUGAAUACAUUAUCAAUGUUACACAUCCAUGUUUCUGUUCACUAUCUCAGAUAGCUCAAAUAUGAAUCGGGCUCGGUUACAUGUUAGUGACAGUAGGAAAGGGGCUGUUUCAAACCACAUUUGAUCUUUGGUACACCACAGUUUUUAGGACAAAAUACUCAGCGAGGGUGUUGACUGAUGAAAUAGCACAUGCUUUGACUUUAAGCAUACAAUUUUUUAAGCAUCUUGAUUUUCACCACAUGGGAUCUUUAAAAAUCAUUCUAAAUGUAAAAGAAUAGCAGAGGCCACACCACAACUAUACUAAUAAUGGCACAGAGGAACAAUACAGUUUUUUUCCAGCUGAUGAACAACUAAAACUUUGACAGCCAGUCAGAUUUCAACCUGCUUUAAAGAGCUUGAGCAUUUAAAGCGGCAGAUGACAGAGCUGCAGCGCUGUUCUGCAUUGUUAUAAUAUCUAAUAUCAUUAUAGUUAUCUUUAUAGUUACAGUUCUUGGUUUGAACAGGCCUUAACACUUAUUGUUUUGACAUUACAGUCACUGUCGAAUGUGCAAUUUCAAAUAAAGUUAAAGGUCUUACUCAUAGAUUAAUAUUACAUUACUAAGUCACAAAAAACAAACAUCAGCUGUUCGUCCAGACAGCAACAAAUCUGCAACCUGUCCAUACACGACUGUGUGAAUCAAGAGGCGUUAACUAAAUUGAUUCGCAAACACCUCACCCACACGCUCACCAGUAGGAGGGCUGUCACUCGCUUCCUUCUUCCUCUUUGAAUACAAGCACAAAAUCAAACCUCUUUUUCUCAUUCAAGGGACUUUCUGAGUUUAUGCGUCUCUUAAAAUGGAUUUUGGAGUGUAUUUAGUGAGAUAUGUUGCAUAAUGAUAUGAUUAAUUAUUUAACA